CAAAGGCGGACGUUAACAACGCUGCCGAAACCAAAACAAACGAAGGCCAAGGCGACGUCGUAGAGUCGAGUUAAACAUUAGAAAAUGUUGAAAGAGUUGGUGAAGGAGCGACUAAUGGCGGCAGCUGAUGAAAUAUUCGCGUUGUUCGAGAGAACGAUGGCGUCGUACGAAGAGGAACUUUCUCGAACGAGAGAGGAGAACGAUCGACAGCGACAACAACUGGAAGCUGGCUGCAAGACUCAAGCUGUGACACACGUUGAAGACAUCCAGCAGCCCCCCCACGUUAAAGAGGAAGAGGAGGAACUCUGGACCUCUCAGAAGGGAGAGCGUCUUCUCGGGCCGGAGGAGGAGGCCGGUGUGACUGUUGUCUCCGUGAAGAUCGAAGACCACGAAGACGAACCGCGAGCAGACAACCUUGUCGCUCCGCUAUCAGAAAGCGACGACGCAACGUCACGUUGCCCCAACGACAUCCAAGAGCCUGUGAGCGGCGAUGCCGAAGGCGAUAUGAGGACUCACGCUGGCGUGCUGAAACGCUCGAAGAACCAGGCCCACGAGGGACGGUUUACCUGUUCGGUUUGUGCGAAGAGGUUUUCUUAUAAGAGCCAUUUGAGCGAACACAUGCGGACGCACACGGGAGAAAAACCCUUCAGGUGCUCCGUUUGCGGCCAAAGAUUUUCUCACCAUUCUACUAUGGUGUCACACAUGAGAACGCACACAGGAGAGAAACUUUUUAUUUGCUCCGUUUGCGGUGACAGCUUUUCUCGCAAGAGCAACGUGACUCAGCACAUGAGGACGCACAUGGGAGAAAAACCCUUUCCUUGCUCGGUUUGUGGCAAGGGCUUCACUCAGAAGGCGCACAUGCUGUCGCACUUGAGAACACACACGGGAGAGAAGCCGUUUGGUUGCUCGGUUUGCGGUAAAACCUUCUCCAAAAAGGCUAACAUGAUAGCUCACAUGAGGACGCACACGGGGGAAAAACCUUUUGUUUGCUCAAUUUGCAGCGAAAGUUUUGGCGAGAAGGUCUCUUUGAUUGCGCACAAAAGGACGCACACGGGAGAAAAACCUUUUAGUUGCUCAGCCUGCGGUAAAAGUUACUCUUAUAAGAAGACAUUGACAGCGCAUGUGCGGACACACGACGGAGAAUAAAGGUCUUCCUGGGCAGUUAGCGAGCUCUGCUGUGUGCAUGAUGCCAGAUUCCCUCAUGGGGCUCGAGUUAGUGUGCCGCGUAUGAACAGCAGCUAAAUGUGACUGCUUAGUGAAGAUUUACAACAUUUUAUACGGACACAACAACACAAUUUCCUUAAAACCCACGUGAACGGUAUACUGUAUGCCGAUAAAUGCCUUUCCGAAAAACCGAGCGGUGGCACGCCCUACAAGCGUGCUGUGUCGCGUAGGGUUGCCAACACCCGUGUUGAGCUGACGAGGGACGCACUUUGUCGCGAGAAUCAACGCUAGUCUGUAAAAACCUCAAUGGCUUCCUUGUGGCGGCUCGACACAGGCUACGCCACAGGCUAGGCCAGUCCGUGCCAGCGUGUUUGAUUUCAGACUUGAUGCCUUGCAUGAAGGCGAUGGCCACACUCUGAGUGGAGAUGUGCUUGGUAAAUAACAGUGUACUAUUGAGAUCGGUAUCGGCCGAUCUCGCUCAUGGAUGGUCGGCAUCGGCAGCAUAAAACGCUGAUCGUAGCUUCCAUAUUCAUGACGCAUGCUGUUGAUAUUUAGUUUUCGGUUCUCUUUUGUUGUGCUCUGAUUUGAGGUUGUCUGGUCUCGUUAUGAUUUCAUUUCAUUUUAAUUCUUGUAUUUUUACUUGUAGCGUUUUUUUAUAUUG